AUGUCGGACGAAGAGCAUCAAUUCGAAUCAAAGGCCGAUGCCGGUGCCUCCAAAACCUACCCUCAGCAGGCCGGUACCAUCCGUAAGAGUGGUCACAUCGUUAUCAAGAAUCGUCCCUGCAAAGUUGUGGAAGUUUCCACAUCUAAGACUGGGAAGCACGGUCACGCAAAGUGUCAUUUUGUUGCUAUUGAUAUCUUCACUGGGAAGAAACUUGAAGAUAUUGUGCCUUCUUCCCAUAAUUGUGAUGUUCCCCAUGUGAAUCGUACUGACUACCAGCUCAUUGAUAUCUCUGAGGAUGGAUUUGUGAGUCUGCUUACUGAGAAUGGCAACACUAAGGAUGAUCUCAAGCUUCCAACCGAUGACAGUCUGCUCACUCAGAUCAAGGAUGGAUUUGCUGAGGGAAAGGACCUUGUUGUGUCUGUGAUGUCUGCUAUGGGUGAGGAGCAGAUCUGUGCCUUGAAGGAUAUUGGUCCCAAGAAUUAG